ACGAACUAAAAAUUCCGAGUAAUGACGGAGAAUAACGACCGCACGCUAUUUCGGAACCUUAAUUAUAGGUCCGAUACCGAGUACGUGGUAAAGGUAGCCAAAACCCUGUUGACACCCGUUGGUAUCUGGCCGUUGUAUCGUGGCAACUCAACAUCCGACAAAAUUAAGACAUUCAUACAGACAGGUAUAAUAUUUUGCCUGAUGUGUUUCCUGCUCAUUCCGCACGUCGUAUUCACUUACUUCGAUGCGGAGGAUCUGACCAAAUACAUGAAGGUUAUAGCCGCUCAGGUGUUCAGCUUGCUCGCCAUCAUCAAGUUCUGGACAAUGAUUAUUAAUAAAGAAGGGAUCAGAUACUGUUUGCAGCAAAUGGAGAUGCAAUAUCGAGAUGUCGAGUGUGAAGAAGAUCGAUUGGUAAUGACGAACAGUGCCAAAAUCGGCAGACUUUUUACGGUGACGUACUUAGGAUUGUCAUACGGCGGUGCGUUACCUUAUCACAUAAUUAUGCCGCUGCUGGCAGACAGAGAAAUCAAAGCGGACAAUACGACGCAGAUACCUUUGCCAUAUCUCAGCGAUUAUAUUUUUUUUGUGGUGGAAAAUUCACCGCUCUACGAGAUUAUUUUUGUGACGCAAAUUCUAAUCAGCAGCAUCAUUCUAUCUACAAAUUGCGGCGUUUACAGUUUGAUCGCCACGUGUGUAAUGCAUAGUUGCUGCUUGUUCGAAGUAGUUCGCAGACAGAUGGAAACGGUUCUCAGCGAUGGAAUAGAUAAUGUUCAUCAGCGGCUAGGACGAAUCAUCGAACAUCACAUGCAAGCCAUCAGAUUCGCAGAGAUGAUUGAGAAAUCGUUAAAUAUUGUCUUCUUAUGCGAAAUGGUUGGAUGCACUAUUAUUAUUUGUUUUCUGGAAUUUGGAGUUCUUAAGGAAUGGGAAGAUGGAAAGGUCUUAAACAUGGGUACAUAUUUUGUUCUAAUGACAUCAAUAUUUGUAAAUGUUUAUAUAAUAUCCGCUAUCGGCGAUCGUCUUAAAGAAGAGAGCGAGAAGGUAGGAGAAACGUCAUAUUUCAUCGAGUGGUAUAAUUUGCCAACAAAAAUUAUAAGCAAUUUAAUUUUGGUGAUGGUCAGGUCAAGCCGUCCAUCAACUUUAACUGCUGCAAAAAUAUUUGAUCUUUCUCUUCAAGGAUUUAGCGAGGUUUGCAAAACAUCAGCAGCAUAUUUCAAUUUUAUUCGAACAAUGACCACGUAAAUUUUCAAAUAUUGCAUG